GGACCACCAGGGCCAUUUGGAGAGAGAGGAGAUAAGGGUCUCCCUGGAAAUGCUGGGGCUCCUGGAGCUCCAGGUCUAAAAGGGAAUAAAGGAGGACCUGGGACAGCAGGACCAAAAGGAGAGCCAGGUCGCAGAGGAGAUCCUGGCACCAAAGGAGGUGCAGGCACUGAUGGACCCAAAGGAGAGAAGGGAGAUCCUGGUCCAGAGGGUCCACGAGGACUUGGUGGAGAAGCUGGCCUAAAAGGAGCAAGGGGUGAUCGUGGAGCUCCGGGACCAAGGGGAGGACAGGGACCAGUUGGAGUGGCUGGCAAAAAUGGCUCACGUGGAGACCCAGGAGACAUGGGUGAAAGAGGAAACCCGGGAGCACCAGGACCUAAGGGAGACAGAGGAAGACCUGGUAUCAGCUACCCAGGACCACGGGGAUCUCCAGGUGAUAAAGGAGACAAAGGACCACCAGGACCUCAGGGAGGACGUGGAGACUUUGGACAAAAAGGAGCUAAUGGACCCAAAGGAGUGAAGGGGGAGCGCGGUGACAAAGGUUCCACAGGAGAGCCUGGCCCCCGAGGACCACCUGGUGAAGCUGGAGGCGAGGGUCACAUUGGACCACCUGGUGACCCUGCUUUGACUGAAUGUGAUGUCAUGACAUACGUACGAGAGACAUGUGGAUGCUGUGACUGUGAAAAACGCUGCGGUGCUCUGGACAUUGUCUUCAUUAUUGACAGCUCUGAAAGUAUUGGCUACACCAACUUUACUCUGGAGAAGAACUUUGUCAUUAAUGUUGUAAGCAGACUAGGAUCCUUUGCCAAAGAUCCAAAUUCUGACACAGGUGCUCGAGUUGGAGUUGUCCAAUACAGUCAUGAGGGUACAUUUGAGGCUAUUCAAUUGAAUGAUCCCCGCAUUGACUCUCUGUCCAGCUUCAAGGAGGCAGUGAGGCGUCUGGAAUGGAUUGCUGGAGGAACAUGGACCCCGUCUGCUCUGCAGUUUGCUUAUAAUACACUAAUCAGAGACACAAAACGUGACAAAGCCAAAGUUUUUGCUGUAGUGAUCACUGAUGGUCGUCACGACCCAAGAGAUCCUGAUGAUGGUCUGAAUUCACUGUGUGUUGGGGACGUCACGGUCAAUGCUAUUGGCAUCGGUGACAUGUUCCACAAAGAAGAUGAUGCUGAGACUCUGACUUCCAUCGCCUGCAACAACCAACAGCAAGUCCAAAAGAUGAAGCUUUUCUCUGAACUGGUUGCUGAUGAGUUUAUAGAUAACAUGGAGGAGCGACUGUGCCCAGACCCUCAUGUUGUGUGUCCAGACCUGCCAUGUCAAUCAGAGCUUGCCGUUGCUCAGUGUACACAGCGCCCAGUGGAUAUAGUCUUCCUUCUGGAUAGCUCUGAGAGGAUUGGAGCACAAAACUUCAAACAAGCAGCAUCUUUUGUAGAGGAGGCCUCUAGACAGCUGUCACUGUCCAAGAAGGAUGACGACACAGCCAACGCCCGUGUGGCCCUUCUGCAGUAUGGUGGAAAAGAUGAGCAGGCGAUGGCAUUCUCUCUUACCUACAACCUGACAGAGAUUUCCCAAGGUCUUUCACGUGUCACUUAUUUUGGCUCUUCCUCAAACAUCGGAAAUGCCAUUAUUUAUGCCAUUAACAACAUCCUUCAAGAUAAGACCAGGGGAGCACGAAGGUUUGCAGAGACCUCUUUUGUCUUAAUCACUGAUGGUGUUACUGGUGAGGAAGGCCUGAAGGAGGCUGUAACAGCAAUGAAGAAGAAUAAUGUGGUCUCUACUUUGGUCUCUGUGGGAACAGACCUUGACAUGCAGGUUCUAAGUCAGCUUAGUUUAGGUGAGAGUGCAGCCAUCUUCAAAGAGAAGGAAUAUGCAAAGCUGACUGAAAAUGCCUUCUUGGACAGAUUUGUGCGUUGGGUGUGCUAA